AUCACUGUUUGAAUUCUACAGGAUUGAAGAGAGGUAACGACUACAGCGGGGCAGCGGGAGCUGUGAGGAGGAUGCAGCAGCUGCAUUAGCCUUGUUACUGCCUCUGCACGCUGCGGUAGUGAACACGAAGAAAUAAUACUGUUCCGUUGUAAAGAUUGAGAAACUUAAAUAUUCGUCUGGAAGGAUACAAUUUCCGUUUGACCAACUAGGCUGAAUCUGUAGCUUGGAAAAUGAAAGCCCAACCCCUGGUGUUUGCCGUUUAUCCGCUCUGAUGCGAGGGUCCAGCUGCAGGAUGAACAUUGCUGCUGUGUUGAACGGGCUGCUGGUGUCAGUUCUGGCGGCAGUGCUUUGGAAGUAUGCCAAGCUGCGAGAGCAUGCCUAUUCAGUGGAGGAGGAGCUGCUCCUGACCCAGCAGUCCCAGGAGCUGUCUCAGGUCCGCAUCGACUACCAUGCUGCCCUGCAGUCCCUCCAGGAGGAGGGAACCCGCAUGGUGUGCACGGGCAAGAUACACACUGACCGUAUCUGCCGCUUCAACUACCUCUGCUACUCCACAGAGGCUGAAGAGUUUGUCUUUUUCCACAGCAACUCCUCGGUCAUGCUUCCCAACCUGGGAUCCAGGAGGUUCCAGCCUGCCCUCCUCGACCUGUCCUCUGUAGAGGACCACAACACCCAGUACUUUAACUUCCUGGAGUUGCCUGUGGCUGCCCUCAAGUUCAUGCCCAAGCCUGUGUUUGUGCCCGAUGUGACUCUUAUCCUGAACCGAUUCAACCCAGACAACCUAAUGCAUAUCUUUCAUGAUGACCUUCUCCCUAUUUACUACACCAUGCUGCAGUACCCCGAUCUGGACCAGGAUUCCCGCUUGGUCUUCAUGGAAGGCUGGAAUGAGGGUUUGCACUUUGAUCUCUACCGUUUAAUGAGCAACAAACAGCCCCUUCUGAAAGAGCAGCUGAAGAACUUUGGCAAGCUCCUGUGCUUCACCAAAUCAUAUGUGGGGUUGUCUAAAAUGACCACCUGGUACCAGUAUGGUUUUGUUCAACCCCAGGGUGCCAAAGCCAACAUAUUGGUGUCGAGUAUGGAAAUCAGACAGUUCACCAGGUUCCUGAUGGAGAAACUCAACGUGAGCAUGGAAGAAAGCUCUGGUGGUGAUGAGUACAUUGUAGUUUUCAGUCGUACAAUAAAUAGGCUGAUUCUUAAUGAAGCAGAGCUUAUUUUAGCCCUCGCACAAGAGUUCCAGAUGAAGACAGUAACUGUUUCUUUGGAUGACCAUACCUUUGCAGAUAUUGUGCAGAUCAUCAGCAAGGCGUCAAUGUUAGUCAGCAUGCACGGGGCCCAGCUUGUUACAUCGGUCUUCCUGCCUAGAGGAGCUGUAGUUGUUGAGAUUUUCCCAUACGCUGUUAACCCAGACCACUACACCCCAUACAAAACUCUGGCCUCUUUGCCUGGCAUUGACCUGCAGUACGUGGCCUGGCAGAACACCAAGGAGGAGAAUUCGAUGGCCUUCCCGGAUAGACCCUGGAAUCAAGGUGGCAUAGCCCAUCUGGAGAAAGCAGAGCAGGAGCACAUUAUGAAAAGCAAGGAGGUCCCUCAGCACCUGUGUUGCCGCAACCCAGAAUGGCUUUUCCGCAUCUAUCAGGACACAAAAGUGGACAUCCCCUCGCUCAUUGAAGCCAUUAGACAGACUGUUAAGACGAAGCCGAACCUGAAGAAGGCGAAGCCAGCCAUUGUCGUCCACCCUGGAAAAGUGAGGGAUCCCAAAUGCCAGGUAUCUGUCCAGGGCACCAAUGAAGCCAGACUGACUGUUUCCUGGCAAAUUCCCUGGAACCUGAAGUACCUGAAGGUCCGGGAAGUGAAAUACGAGGUGUGGAUACAAGAGCAAGGGGAGAACACAUACAUGCCUUAUAUCCUGCCACAUCAGAACUACACCUUUUCAGAGAACAUCAAGCCUUUCACCACAUACCUAGUAUGGAUACGUUGCUUUUUCAACAAAACCCUUCUGGGACCCUUUGCAGAUGUGUUGGUCUGCAGAACAUAACUUUAAUUAGAGCUGUGGUCAUGUAAGGGUUAUAUCGUGACUUGUUCCAGACAGCCAUUACCUGUGAAAGGUUUGGAAGGGACUUGGUUGAAAGCUCUUUAUGGUUACUAAAGUAUUGUCAUUGGUUUCAAACCUUUUGAUCUAUGGAUCAGAUAAAGGCGCCCCAGUACACAUCGGACAGCUAUCUGAUUGUUCACACCAGCAAGCAACAUAGACAAAGAUAAAAGUCAAAUAAAGAAUGUAGUUAGAAUAUGAUUUCUGGUGUCCCUGUGAACUGUUCAUUAAGUGAUACCAAUAAAAACAUUCUAGAAAGAAAACAAAUUGGACAUGGUUUAUGAUUUGGAAGUUUUUCUCUUGUGAAAAUGCUACCAAAUUGAUCCUGAAGUGUAAUUAAAAGAUGAUGUUUCAUAAAUGUGAUUUUCCUUUCUGGAAAGGGGUGUACAGUAAUUCAUAUUUAAAAAAAAA